CAAGUGUUGUUGUUGUUAAAAACGUAAAAAUAUAUACAUACAAUAAAUACUAAAUAAAAAAAAAAAAAGGAUAAUAAAACGAGAUUUUUUCCAUAAUCACGAAAGCAUUUGAAAAAAAAAAAAUAAAAUAAAAAAAAUAAAAAAUUUACUUAUUUAUUAUAUAUCAGAAUUUUUUUCUAAUUAUUUCUAACGACAAUGAAUGAUUAUUGGCAUAUACCUCGUGCUUCAUUGUCGCCAUCGACAACCUCAUCAUCGGCAGCGUCGUCAAUAUCAUCGACGGAGCGCAAUAAAAACAUGCAUAUAAAGCAAAAAAAGCAAUCAUUUAAUGCAACGAUCCAACCUACACAUAUCAAUCAUUAUCAACAACGUCAGCUUCAGAUACAACUGCAGCAGCAUCCUGCUCAUCACUAUCAACAGCCAAUCAAUAGCAAUAAAACGUAUAAUAAUAAUAAUCGAGUAGGAGUCAUCGACAACGUUUAUAGUAAGAGGAAUGAGAGCGGUAUGAUUGGUUCAAAUGCAGUAAUUUCUGCUACAGUAUUGGCAGCAAACAACAAAAGAGGUUCAAGAUCAUCACAGGGUAGCAGUGAUAGCAAUAGUAGUACAAGAAGCGGCGCUUCAGGUUCUCUGCUCUUGACAGCAGCGAAUUUAGAACGCUUUGCCGAGAUACAUAAAAAGCAAGAAAAGCAAGUGAGCGCUCCGAUGCCGCAGCAAACAAAAUCAAUAAAUCAAUCACCUAAACUCAUAAAUGAAACGAAUAUGUUAGAUAUGAAAUCGUCGAUAACUUCUAGCUAUAAAGCAAAUUUGGUACAAGCUUCGAAACAAGGUGACUACCAAUUGGCUACGAUAGAGUUAGAUAAAGAGAAGGAAGAUCAAGAAGAACCGACACUAACAGCGCAACGAAACGAAAAAUGUCUUAUCGAUGUGGAUCCUAAUUUAAAUUUUAUUAAAACCAAAGAUUUGGAUACCGUCUCGAUAGCCAGUUCGAUGCAUUUCACAAUGAUUAAUUUUGAGACGGGAGUCAAUAAAAAAACAAAAAAAGGUCUCUGUGAUCGCGGCCGUCAAGUAACGGUAUUAAUAACGAGCAUGAGCAUUAUAUUUCUGCUACUUAUAAUGGGUAUGGUUUAUGCUUGUGAAAUGCGUGCCCGAGAAAUGCCUCAAAGUUAACGAUAUUAUAAGGACGAGCACAUGUAAAUCUACAAAGAACUUGUUUCGGUCCUUCGAAAAAACUUGAAGAGUAUUGACAAAAAAAAAGAAAAAAAAAAACAAAUAGAAAAACAAAAAAAAAAAAA